AUGUCUCUGAUGCAAGCAAGUAAAAUAUCAUUUCCAUACACCUUCAACCAACUUUUCGAGACAGCCAAAAGCCACUUAUUAUGUAUGGAAAACAAUCUUCAACAACGUGCGGCGGCGGGAAGAGGCGCAGUUGCCUCGGUCCAACGAAUGAAGAUUCUCAAAAUUGACGAGGUUGAGCGGCACAGCUGUCAGUAUAUGCAAGGGCCAACAAUGCAACGUCUGGUCUCUCUCCUCGUAUUUUGCGUUUUCCUGGGGUGCAUCAAGGCAGAUGUUGCUUUCACAUGGCCCUAUCCAGGAGCCACCUUGGGUUCGGGAGAUGUAACUCUUUGGUGGAGGGAAGAUGGGAAUGCGCUUUUGAUCGAGGAGAUGGGUAGCCAUUUGUUAGUUUUGUUUACUGGAAGUAAUAACGUUAUGCAAAUUUUGAAUGAAUGGGUCAUCCCCGUUGGAACAUACAAUGCAACUAUACACCUCAACUCAAACAUCGGACCCAAUGCAAACAACUCCUAUUUCUUCGGCAUUCAAUCGAACCCCAUAAACACGACGAACUAUCCAUCAACCUCCAUUCCAGUUCUCACAAACUUCUCACCUCGUUUCUCUCUCACGAACAUGACGGGUAAAGAUUUUAGCCCUUCUAUGAGCGCUGCAAAUGCUGCGUGCAAUACUACAGAUGGGCCGGACUCUGUAAUUCGAGAUGAAUCGCAAGAUCAAAUAUCUCUGGGUAUGGCUAAUAUCACAAGUUCCGGGGUGAUUCAUAAUCCAACGGAUGGUGUGCUCGUUACGACUGUUCCUUUGACACCUGUCGUUUCAGCGACUACUUCACCUUCUUCUCUCGUAACAACUAUCUUAUUUGCACCAACGCCCACUGCCUCUCCUCAACCUGUUACAGAAACUCCAACGCAGACUCCGAUUUCCAUAGCCAAUGCCCAUAAAAGAAUGGUAAUUGCCGUUCCUAUCGCUAUAGGUGUCGCUGCUCUGGCUGGUCUCUUUAUAUUUUUCGUUGUUCAAUACAGGCGUCGGCAUCCAUCGUCCGAAAAGGCUGACCCAGACGGAUCUAUUCUUCCAUUUUUCCCAUCACCACCUACUCAUCCCAAUACAUGGAUGGAUACCAAGACUUCCACUUUCAAGAAUAAAUCCAAUCGUUUCUGGUAUCGUCUGAAAGCCAAACGUCCACGAAAUAGUGUUGCUGAGCUGCCUGGGUACGAAAGCCCCGGUACAUUGAAGUCUAUCUCACAACGUAACACCAGUCCAAGCGGAACGACAAUUACAAACAGGAGCGAAAUGGCUCACACGCCUAUAAUCAUUCCUUCUACUGCAGCAACUGUAAUAUUAUCGGCUAAAAACCAACACCAAGCACAAGGUUAUCCAGGACGCGAAGUCGGCUUUUUGGCUGUAGGUCCGAAUUCGGCAAUUAAUAACCACAACUCAGAUCCCAAAACUCCUAUUAGUGUUACCCACACAAACCAUUCGUAUUCACGUGCCUCAACUAUCAAGACCAUCACGACGGAAAGCUCAGGCGUUCCAUCUUCAUCAGCUCUAUCAUCAUCUUUUGACCGAGAACGCAAACGCGGGCCUUUUACAUUAGACUUUGGAACGCGCGUAUUUAAAGAAAGAGAAACACAAAUACCACCACAACCACCAAGCCCUACAGCCCUCAGAGGUACGGCAAAAGUAGUUACGAUUCCGAGGAGCAAUUCAUUAUUACAUUCGACCUCGGACUGUGGUACGAUAUCUCAACCUUCUUCUACUUACUAUCCUGCGAGAAAAAGCUCGCUUCAAAGAGGAGGAUCAGAAGGAUAUAACUUUUCGACCCCUGCAUCGAUAUAUCAAAAAUCUUCAUAUAAUACACCUUCGUCUUCAUAUCAAGCUCCACAAACAUCAUUUCCUCCACCGCCAACUUCAAUGUUGUCUCAGGCGUCUCAAUUGAAGAGAUUUAGAAGCCCAAUGGUGAGUACGGAUGAGAGUGCUGCUGUUAGAGAAGCAGAAAUAAGAAUUAGAGGAUUACUUGGGAAUAAUGGAGGAAUUGGCUCCGGUAGGGAUGGGAUUGUGAGUCCGAUUAGUCCGGUUAGUCCUUUGUCGAGAUGA